ACUUUGAUCAAUUUAUCCAGAGCUGUGUGAUCAAGUUUCCAAUUGGGAAGAGUGACUAUACGCAUUCGGUGACGAACGUGUUACAGAGCCAACAGCAGCCAGCCAGCAGCAAGCAGCUUCAUCGACAUUUUCUAGUGUCAUGCACACCAACGUUCGAUCAAUCGUUGUUUCAGGCGCAGAAUCUGCCAGCAGCACACCGCCAGUCCCACCGAGACGGAAGAAGCGCAAAGCGAAGUCUGUGGCAAUUGCAAAAUCUCCGGAAGGAACGUCACUGACGCGUCUCAAGAAGUCAGACAGAAAGCGUUUGGCGCCGCCGCCACCGCCGCAAGCUACCAGAAGAAUCAGGACUCACGUCGCCGAGGAUCAGCCAGAAGAAACGACGUCGAUAGCGCGACCAGUCGACGAUGCAGAAGAAACGUUCAACAGUCUAAGUUCCAGCGAGACGGUCAGAGGAGGAACACCGUCGUAUCUGCAGUUCGACGACACCGACCCAGUCUUGUCUACCAACGAAACAACCAUUCACGAUGACAAAAACGAAAUAUGUAGCCCGAACCGUGUCGUCGCGGAUCCACCGUAUGAACAACGUCCGUUCAUUUUCGAAACAUUGGCCAGGAAGGAGACGAACAAGUAUCCGCCGUUGUUCUUCACUUUGCAAGACUUUCAAAACGUCAUGUCGAACACGCUACAGCAGCACGAGGAGGACGAUACAGAUGACAAGUCACCGGUGGAGAUCGCUAGCUCUAUCCGCGAUUCUCUCCGCGAGUCGUUCGAGAACUCGUUGGAAGAGUUCGAGGAGAACGAGCUGUGCUUUCGUGUCACAACCACAAACUUACCGUUCGAGAAAUGCUUGGACACGUGGAGCACCACGUUCGCGGACCAUUUUAUCGAGAAAUGCGACGAGCCUAGUCGCUUCAUCUUCGAGGAUUACAUCGACAGGAGCAACAAGGUGAACAUUCGACGAUCGGCUGGCCCGAUGUGCUACGACAGCUUCGAGGAGGAAGCCACGGUUCCUCGAUUAACCAAGGUGAGAUUUGUGAUCGAGUCACCUAGCUCCUCGACUCCGGACAACGAGUUGAACGAGGACGGCGAGGCAAUGAGCGACAGUUUGCAGAAUAUCGAUCCUCUGUCGGACGAUGAAAUCGGCUGGAAUCGUACCUCUUCUUCCGUGCGAUUGAUCGAGAUCACGAACGAUACGGAUUGUACGGAUACGAGAAGGAACGUCGAGAAACAGACGACAGUUAGACGGAUUUCCGACGAGUUGGCUGACGUACCUCCUCUAAGCUCGAUUUUGAAGACAAGAAAAAACAGCUCGGCUGAAUGGUCCUCGCUGGAAGACGCCACGAAUUUCAUCGAGAUGGCUGGUAAAGAAGCAUUCACAGAGGACGAGGACGAUCGCGUUAAUUCGAACGAUUCGUUUCGUGCUUCGAUCUCGCUCGGUUCGCCGGGUAGGUCGUUCAAAUUGAAAGCCGCGGACGUCAGCAAAGCGGAGUUGAGUUUAAUCAAGUCGAAGACGAAGUGCGGUUCUUUGUGGACCAAGGUCAAGAAUGAUUUUUUCAACGGGUCGCUUGAUAAUAACAACGUUGCCUGGGAGACUGCUCCAAGCAGCUUGGAAGACAAUAAUGAAUCUACGGACGAGGAUUCGUCGUUCGAGAUCUGUGAAAAUGAAGGUAAGAGCGAAGAGACAGUUUCGAGAAUUGUAGACGAAACGGAAGGUGAUCUUGAAGAGGAAUCGUCGAACGAAGUAAACGCCAAUUGCAUAAUCUGCGAGAAGGGAGAUUUCGACGAUAACGAAGAAGAAUCGACAAUAAACGAGAUACAAGUCUUUGACGAAGAAUUAGUGAGAAACGAAGUAGAAAAUAGCGUUACAGGGGAUCACUCGAUACAAAAUGAAGCGGAGGCUGAAAUUGGCGAAGAAGUGUUGUCAGCUGAAGAAGAGGUAGAAAAUGACGAGCAGCUGCCAAUAAGAAUUGAUUCACCUAACAGAUCGACGCAAGAAUACAAAAGGAAGAUUUUCGUGAGUGAAUCGCUUCGAAACAUGAUGAAUCGCUAUGAUUUCGCGUUGCACGAUUCCGAAGAGGAAAAUCAAGAUUCUAAUGUGAAUAAUACUAGUGUAGAUACUUACGAUAUUCCCUUAAGUGAAACCAGAACGAAUUCUCGAGAAUCGAUCGGUAAGAAUGACGAAAUGAAAAGUAUCCCGAUUACUGAAAAUAAUAAAUUGUCACAUAAUAAUUUUAUAAGCGACGAAUAUUUUGAAAGGAGAGAAAGCAUCAGCGUUCCAGUCGAUAUUCGGCGAAACACUUUUUUGGAAAAUAUGCUAUCCGAGGAUUCGGUUCACGUUUGGGCAAGUUGCGAGAUCGUCGCUACGCAUCCGAAAACACCUGUAACAUUCGAAGAAUCGAUGUCGAAGAGCAGAAGAGACCAGAAGCUCGUCGAUCGGUUGCACGAUUCGAUAAAAAUGGAUCCAGAGAUCCAGAAGAUUUUACAGGAGUCGAGAGCCUCGUUGAGAAAGACGGACACGAGUCUUUCAAAAAGGUCAGCGCCCAAGAAGAUCGUCCAAGCGAACAAGAAAAGCGCCGAUGACGCGAAGUGCGACGUAUUGAAUGAAUUGCUUUCCAAUUUCAGCAACAUCAGAUUGAAACCGGUGAACGGUGAAAGGAAAACUGCUACUGAAUAUCAUCCACAAGCUGCUAUUCGACGGGAGGACGAUAAAGAAAAACAUGAAACGAGAUCGGAAGGUAGAGAGAGUUGGAAAAAUAGCGAGGAUACCGUGCCCGGUGAUUUGACCAGGGAAACGUACGACGAAACGAUCAAUUUACAGUCGAAAAUUCCUUCGUCGAAACGUUGCAACCCUCCCUCGACGAUCACCGGCAAACUUCAAAACGACCAUGAUAAAACUGACGAAUUACAAGCGAAGUAUAGAGGAAAUAAAGACAGCGGUAACACCUGUUCCCAAACGGAUCCCAUGAAACUCAGAAACUACGAAAUCUCAGCUGAUCCUAACGAAGAAUAUUCCAAACUAAAUCUGGACAGAGACGAAAGAACGAGGAACGUGGAUCACACGGAAUCGUCGAUGAGCGUACACGAAGUUCGCGUGGAACCGAGGAGAAACGAUACCGUGAAGAACGUGUCCGAUGAAAGAAUUAGCAGAGAGGGAGCUGGAGAAGGCUCCGUGGAACGUCUGCAGAUGGUAAGCUGCAGUGAAAAGACUGACGCAAAUGACGAGUCGCAUAAUCGUAGUAGCGUGACCGCGCAACAGUUAGAGUUAAGCAGGAGGACGGGUAGCGGCGACAAGAGUGCCAUAGCUAGGAGGAUUCCUCGACCCCAUUGUAAUAAUAAUGACAAUAACAGGGCCGUAACACCCGUAGCUGUAAGUGAUGACCAAUCCCGCGACAUUGUAACGAUAACCCCGGGUAGAGUUAGGAGCUUCGUUAAGUACUACGAGAUUCAACGCGAGACGACGACCGACAGAGAUUCUAAAACUAACGAUAGAGUAGAUAGGGACCGGAUGCCGGAGCACCAGUCGGUGUUCAGUAUCCGCAGGGGUUUGGAGGCGAAGGCCGUCGAGGCUAGGUCCUUGGAAACGCAAAAGAGGGACAAUCAUCGCUUCUCUGUGGCGGAGAAAAAUUCGGAGAAAUUGAUCUGUUCGACGAGGAGAGAAGGACAGUGCGCUGCGAUUGUCGAGAAGUUUCAAACGGAGAAUCUAACCGACGAUCGUCGGUUCAGAGAUAUCGUAGAGAACAACGAGUGCGAGAAGGCGAGUAAGAUGGAGAAAGACGCGUUUGCCAGCGAUUCGUGCGGGCAGCAGCCUGGUAAGGUGAAACGAAAGAAGUCGGUGAAGUUUCAAGGUGGAUUCACUGUGAUCGGUACGAGAAAUCCCGACGAAGAUGGUACCGUGGGGAGUCCCGCGGGCCAGAACGCAAACUUGCCGGAAGAGAAGAACGCUCCCGACAGACCGACUCUGAAAGAAACCGUUCCAGACGAGCAAGUGGAUUUCCAGGCUGGACAGACGGAGGAAUUGCUGGACAGUGAAUCGCGCUCUUUCGAGAAACGAGAAACUGCUGCACAGAUACAAGCCGCAGCUAAAUGUGAGGAAUGUUCAGGUAUUAAUCGCUUCGUUCCAAAACCAGAAACCCCACGCCUCGUAUUUUAUUGUACUGUAUAG